UCUAAAAAGACGAUAAAACUAAAUGUAAAAGAGUAUGUUAAAGACAGUAAACACAGAUGUUCUAUCUGCUAAUAAAGAUUUGUUUAUGCUUACUUUUAUUUACAACUAGUGUAGCGUAAUUGCUUGCUAUGCUUUCAAAAAUUGCUUCCGAUAAGAUGCAAAAAUGAUGGCCUCGACCAUAACGUAAGGUAGUAAAGAAGGAAGAUUGCCAAUUGAUCAAUCAGAUUAAGUUUCACUUUCAGAUUGGAUUUUGAAAGUUUCUCGUCAAAUCAUUAUUUCGAGAGACUCCAACGCAAAAACAACUUUCAGCGUUUUUUCAACUACAAAAUCAUAAAAUUCAGACUAAGAAAAGUUUUGGUUUCAUUAAAUUUGGGUUCUAAAGACUUUUUCAUUCCGUUGUGCUUCCAUUCUUAUCACUUCUAUAUACAGAUUUUCAAUACAGGUUUUUGAGCUCCCGAUACAGAUUUACAGAUUUUUCUUCUGAAAAAUGCAGAUUUAAAUGUGGCAACCCUGCUCACGACCUAUUUCAAUUGUACUCCAGAAUUAUUCAGAGGAAAUAAGUCGAUGUUUUGAUUUUUAUGUAUAUAUCAUUUCUCAAUCAAUGAAUUCCUGAUGAAAACAAUGUCAAUAAUUAAACACAAUGAACGAAGAAAAUAAAUUAGAAAUUCGUAAGCCAGAAUCAUUUAUAACCGCAAAACAAUCAAUAAAACUGUACCGCCAACGAUGGCGACGACUCAAGUUUCACGUUGCCUCCUUGGAUCGACUAACAGGUGGUGGUUUACAUUCUCGUGGUAUUGUCGAAAUAGCUGGCGAUGCUGGAUCUGGUAAAACACAACUCGCACUUCAUCUAGCAUUAGUUGCCCAAGUCCAACCGAUUGAUGAUAUGCCUCGACGUGGUGUGGUAUAUAUUAUUACCGAGCAUCCUUUCCCUUCCAGAAGAAUAACUCAAAUGGAAAAAGCUUUUAAGAAAAACGCGCGUAUAUUAAGUGCACCCGAAAAGUUCAAUUUCACUGACAACAUUUUUGUUGAACAUUUACACAGUCCAACUGCAUUGGAACAGUGCCUUUCUGAUCGACUUCCAGUACUGCUGGAAAACAACCCGAUCGAACUACUUAUCAUCGAUUCUGUUGCUGCCGUUUACGGUGAUGAGCAGAACUAUGUAGAUCGGGCACAAUCGUUUCGACGAGUAGUGCACGCGCUACACUUAUUACAGGAACGAUUUGAUUUCGCCGUCGUCUGCACUAACCAGGUACGAUCGGUAGUCGAUGAAAUGACAUUGGAUGAAGAACGAGUCGUGCCAGCACUGGGACUAGCAUGGGCCAGCUUGGUACACACUCGGAUACAGCUUAGCCGAGUAAUUGGAAACCAUGAACGAACCUGCAGAUUGCUGUUCAGUCCCACAGCGCCCCCAGGGCAGUGUGAAUUUGUCAUCACCGAGGCAGGAAUUUCGGAUGCAACGGAACCGCUCUAGCUAAUGAUUAUUCUCAGUUUCAGAGUUGUACAUUUAAAAUAUAGAAUUUUACACUUA